GCCUGAACUGCAAUUCUUCUUUUGCCAAAAAACAAUAUAAUUCCUGCAAAAGGUGGUCUACGCCUCCUUCAAAAGAAGACCAAAGAAAGACAUCUAUACCCAACGCCUUACACCUAUACACACCCAUACGCACCCACACGCAUACAUCGUCGACCUCUGUCGCCGUUGUUGUUGCUGGUUUCAAUAUAAGCUCAAACGCUUCCUCUCUCACUCAUUCUCCUGACUUUUCUAUAUCACUCAGCGUAUAUACAAAACGUGCUUUCUCAAAAAAAAAAUAACUUCUUUUUGAAAACCCCCGAGCGACACAGUCAUGGAUGACGAGCGCCGCCGCAAGGCCCUCAUCGAGGGCUUCGUAAACAUGUCCGAGGUGGACGACGCCGACGCUGGCAAGCCACUCUUCAAGGGCGACGACCCCACCGGCGGCAUCACCGUCGGCACCGACUACGUGGACAUGGACGCUGAUGACCUCCCGGAAGACGGCCACAUAAGAGCGGGUGAGCUGAGGGAGAACACAAACAUUUAUAAAUCGGCCUUCCACAUCUUCAAGGCGAACGUCGGCACGGGUGUCUUCAUGCUCCCUACCUUCUACCCCGAUGCGGGGUACGUCGUUGGUGUGAUCUUAGGUAUCUUCAUCGGCUCCGUGGUGAUCGAUUGCACACAGCUGCUUAUUCACGUGAAGGUGACGAUCAACCGCCGCGACGUGACGACGUACUCGCAGGUGUGCCGCUACGUCUGCGGCAAAGGUCUUGGCUGGUUCCUCUUCGUGGCGAUGUGCCUCACGCAGUUCGGUUUCUGCCUCAUGUACUCGCAGCUCUUCGCUGAGACGAUGGGCGAGCUCGUCACCUUCAACGGUUCCAAGUACCUGUGGGUAUCGCUGAUCUUGAUGAUGGCCUUCCCGAUGACGUGCUUCUCCGACAACCUGUCUCUGCUCGCCAUGGCCUCCGUCAUCGCCACUGUCGGCGUCUUCUACGCGCUCAUCUGCUGUCUAGUUGAGACGUGCAAGGUACUCGCGCAGAAGGGCAUUCACCCCUCCAUCAAUCCCGCGGGUAACCGCAUCCCGGUAGGCUGGUUCAACAACCUCGCGAACAACAUGAUGGUGCUGGAGGGGAUUGCGAUUGUCCUGCCGGUGCACGCCGCGUGCACGCAGAAGAAACUCGUGCCUAUGAUGGUGACCUGCGUGAUUAUCUGUGUCAUCGUGUGGUACCUGAUCUUCGGUCUGACCGGCUACCUGGCGCACGGCACGACCAUGACGACGUCGCUGAUCGCCGCGGUGGAGCACUCCCCGUGGGGGACGAGCAUCCGUGCCUUCUUCCUCGUGAACGUCAUCUUCACCUACCCGCUGCAGUUCAUGUCCGCCAUGCAGCUGAUCGAUCAACUAGUCGGCUGCAAGCCGCGCAGCUGGAUCGGCAUGGGCCUUCGCCUCCUCAUCAAUUUGAUCGUCUGGGCCCUCGCCAUGGCGAUGCCGACCUCUGCGGUGAACGUCGUUGUCGGCUUGAUCGGCGCGCUGCCGUCCGCCUGCAUGGUGAUGAUCAUCCCCUCUCCUGGCGAUGCAGGUGCGCUACGCCGUGGAGCACCCAGAUGCAGAUCGCAACAGCUGGCCGUACUGGAAGAAGCUGUUCGUGGCCACCCCGUGCCUGACGUUCCGGCGCAUUCGCUGCUACGUGUACCUGGUCGUCGCCCUUCUGGUGAUGGUCAUUGGCACCUACAGCAUCGUGACGAACCUGUAGCACGGUGGCCGCGUCUCUGUGCAAAGGAAGCAGAACAAAGCGCGGAAAGGGUGCGCAUACGUACUGCAUGA